AUACAAGCUAAUAGGUGAAGUGACUUUUACCUUCUUUACUUGAAGGAGACACAAAGAAGCAGACAGAAGUACCGAAGUCCUAAAUCGCCAGUUCUUCUAACUUUGUGGCCAUUGAUCCGCGGGAAUUCGUAGUUCGACAUCAAAGAGCCCAACUCAGCCAACUUGCAGACAGGCCAUAAGCAGUCCCUGCUCCUUCUACUGCGAGCUGCCAGCGGGAGCCGCGUCGCCGAGCAUGGAGCGGAGGAGCGAGAGCCCCUGCCUGCGGGACAGCCCCGACAGAGGCAGCGGCAGCCCCGACGUCAAGGGCCCCCCCCCCGGCAAGGUGGCCCGGCUGGAGCAGAACGGCAGCCCCAUGGGCACCCGCGGGCGGCCCAACGGCGCCGUGACCAAGCCCGUGGGAGGUUUGAUGAUUCCCGUCUUUUGUGUGGUGGAGCAGUCAGAUGCCUCUCUUGAAUACGAUAAUCGAGAAGAGCAUGCUGAGUUCGUUCUGGUUCGCAAAGAUGUGCUCUUUAGCCAGCUGGUGGAGACAGCGCUCCUGGCUCUGGGGUAUUCCCACAGUUCUGCAGCUCAGGCACAAGGAAUAAUCAAGCUUGGGAGGUGGAAUCCCCUCCCUCUCAGUUAUGUGACUGAUGCACCAGAUGCGACAGUAGCCGACAUGCUACAAGAUGUCUAUCAUGUUGUGACAUUGAAAAUCCAAUUACAAAGUUGUUCAAAGUUGGAAGACUUGCCAGCAGAGCAGUGGAACCACGCCACAGUUCGCAAUGCCUUAAAGGAACUGCUCAAAGAGAUGAAUCAGAGCACACUAGCCAAAGAAUGCCCUCUCUCCCAGAGUAUGAUUUCAUCCAUUGUAAAUAGCACAUACUAUGCCAAUGUGUCAGCAACCAAGUGCCAGGAGUUUGGGAGAUGGUACAAAAAGUACAAGAAGAUUAAAGUGGAAAGAGUGGAAAGAGAAAACCUUUCAGACUAUUGUGUUCUCGGUCAACGUCCCAUGCACUUACCAAAUAUCAACCAGCUGGCAACCUUGGGAAAAACUAACGAACAGUCUCCUCAUGGCCAAAUUCACCACAGUACUCCAAUCCGAAACCAAGUGCCAACGAUGCAGACAAUGAUAAACCCGGGGCUCCUGUCUCCUCAGCUCAGUCCGCAACUGGUAAGGCAGCAGAUAGCAAUGGCCCAUCUGAUAAACCAACAGAUCGCUGUCAGCCGGCUACUGGCUCACCAGCACCCUCAAGCUAUCAACCAACAGUUCUUGAAUCAUCCACCCAUCCCUCGAGCUGUCAAACCGGAGCCAUCGAAUUCAUCGGUGGAGGUCUCUCCAGAUAUUUACCAGCAAGUCAGAGAUGAGCUGAAGAGAGCCAGUGUGUCUCAAGCUGUCUUUGCAAGAGUAGCAUUCAACCGCACACAGGGCUUGCUGUCAGAGAUCCUGCGUAAGGAAGAAGACCCUAGGACAGCUUCCCAGUCCCUCCUGGUAAACUUAAGGGCAAUGCAGAAUUUCCUCAACCUGCCCGACUCAGAGCGGGAUCGUAUAUAUCAGGAUGAGAGAGAGAGAAGUAUGAACCCCAACGUGAGCAUGGUGUCUUCGGCAGCCAGCAGCCCGAGCUCCUCCCGAACGCCCCAGGCCAAAACCUCGACACCAACAACAGACCUCCCCAUUAAGGCGGACGGCGCCAACGUCAACAUCACAGCUGCCAUUUAUGACGAGAUCCAACAGGAGAUGAAAAGGGCCAAGGUAUCUCAAGCUCUGUUUGCCAAAGUGGCUGCCAAUAAAAGUCAGGGCUGGCUGUGUGAGCUGCUUCGCUGGAAAGAAAACCCAAGCCCAGAAAACCGCACCCUUUGGGAGAACCUCUGCACCAUUCGCCGCUUCCUGAACCUUCCCCAGCAUGAGAGGGAUGUGAUCUACGAGGAAGAGUCCAGACAUCACCACAGUGAGCGUAUGCAGCAUGUUGUCCAGCUUACUCCUGAGCCCGUGCAGGUCCUCCACAGACAGCAGUCCCAGCCUGCAAAGGAAAAUUCACCACCUAGAGAAGAGGCUCCUCCUCCGACCGCUGAGGACACUUGUGCCAAAAAGCCAAGAUCCCGUACCAAGAUAUCCUUGGAAGCUCUAGGUAUCCUUCAAAGCUUUAUCCACGAUGUAGGUCUCUACCCUGAUCAGGAAGCCAUUCACACCCUGUCUGCUCAGCUGGAUCUCCCCAAACACACCAUCAUCAAAUUCUUCCAGAACCAGCGUUACCACGUAAAGCACCAUGGGAAGCUAAAAGAGCAUUUGGGAACAGUGGUUGAUGUGGCAGAGUACAAGGAUGAGGAGCUGCUGACAGAGUCCGAGGAGAACGACAGCGAGGAGGGCUCUGAGGAGAUGUACAAAGUGGAGCCCGAAGAGGAGAACCCCGACAAAAGCAAGGCAGCCCCAGCGGACAUCGACCAGAGAUAAUGCGAGAUAGGAACACAGAAAGCAAUACAUUGAUCCAAGGAUUUUCUGUUUUUAUUUUCAAUUUUUCCUCUUUUUACUUUUUGUUUGUUUGUUUGUUUCUGAUGCGCAUGAUCCAUGUGCAAACCGAAUGAGUUCAGCAUUGCCCAAUCAAACAUCGCCUUGACACAGACACUUGAGCGUUACACUUCCUACAUUUGACUGACGUAAUCAUUGUAAUCACAUAGGAUUAUGCCUUCAUUAAUCUUGCACUUAUGAAAGGGACAUCUAGCAAGUAAAUGGGAAGAAAAAGUCCUAUCAUAUCAAUGAAGGAAAAUUUACGACUUUGUGUGUGUAUAUAUAUAUAUUUACAUAAAAUAUAUAUAUAUUAAAAUUGCAUGGGACAGAACUUUACAACCUGGAAGUAUAGACUGUGAAAUGAGUUCUUUACAGAUGAGACUUGUUUAUGUAUUAAAACCACUUCACAAUGAGUUGCUUUGGCUUUUUGAUAAACUGCCGCCUGCUCUCAGGGUGUGGUGACUAUUUUUGAAUUCCUAUUUAUUUUCUAUGUUUUUCCCUGAUUUUUUUUAUUAUAUGGCUUCCUAUCUGGCAACUCGAUGGGUAAUUUUUGAGGUAUGUAUUUAAAGACGUAAAUCAACACUGCCAAAAAAAGAAAAGAGGAAAAAAAGAGAGAAAAUGGAAAAACAAAUCAGGGCACCUUAAAAAGAAAACUAGUAAGUUUAAAGUACUUUAAACACAAUGCACACUUAAAAUGAUACAGCAUGUUGCAUUCUCUAAACUCUCCUUUCUGUAGUGAACAGAUGAAUUUUAACGGGAUUCAGAGUGACUAAACUGAAAUUCAGUGCAUAGAAGACUUGUCCAUUACUGAGGUCUUAAUAGAGAAGAAAAAUAACGUGUUGAGAGUUGAUGUAUGGAAUUCAUACUAUGAACCACGUUUUACUGUGGAUUUUAUUUACCUGUUCUCUGUUUCAGAUCUUAAACUUUAUAAGCUUCCUUCUUGUUGUUGCUUUUUGUUUUUAUUAAAGUGAAAAACACACAAACACAAAUGUAAAGUUACGGUCGGAAACAAAAUGCUGCACUCCCAACCAUGCUGUCGGGGUAAACGCUGGCAGAUGAAGGGAUUGCAUUGCUGACUUCCCAUCCACCCUGCUUUCCCACCUCCCCUUUAUUCCCGUCCUCAUUGGGCUUCCUUGUGUGCUGCAUUUUGUGCCAGUGGAAGGAGGUGUUUUCAGCCACCGGUCUCCGGCUGAGCCCGUGUCCCGCGCACGGCAGCCCAGGCACGGGCGCUUUCGGGCCCUCGCUGCCCCGCAGCUGCAGGCUGUGAGCGCGGGGCAGCGCACGCAGCCACCACACUGCCGGAGGGUUGCGCAGAGACCUAGCGUAGCGGCUACGUUACAUAAAGCAGAACUAAUGCUGACUGACUCUUCAAUGGCAUGAGCACUAAAGCUGCAAUCUACUAUAGUUCCUAACUGUUUUGAGGCAUCAUGUCGAAAGAGACAUCAAGUAGCAUUUACUUUUCACUUCCGUGCAAUGAUUUCCGAGAAAAAAACCUCACCUUCACUACUAUUGCAGCUCGAUUGAAUUCAGACUCCUGUUUAAACUGCAGUCAUAACCAUACCAACAAGUUUCUGUUUUUCUUUCUUUUGUUUUUUCCACAUGGGCUUUUCAUGUAACCUUGACAAAGACCUCAUGCAAUAUCACUUUGAAAGUUAUUUUCUGUUUACUACACCAGGCAAUGUAAUAUAACUGUUAAUACUAUUUAUAUAUUUGAAAGGUAUAAAAGGUAGGAGUUAAAAACAAAAAAACAAACCUCUACGUGUAGAUAUUUACUCAGAACAGACAAUAUACAGGGAGAAGACGUUGCAAUACAAGCUAAUUCUAGCUGCUCAGUAACCUCUGGAGUUUUUAAGGGAUUUUUUCAAAACUGAUGUUUGAAAUAUAAGAGUAUCUCUGCAUAAAUUUCAUAUACCUUUGCAAAAUAAUUGUGGGUUGCUUACUUACGCCCCUUUUGCUCUUCAUCCUUUAUUUCUGUAGUAUGCUGCAGCUUUAAUCAGAAUUUCAAUGGUUGCUGCUUUAUGUUUCUCUCAGAGCUACUCUUUCAAAACUGUCUUCUUAUCCUGUUGCUGAAAUCACUCCAUACAUUUGAAAGGAAACUGAAUUUUGCCAAGCUCUUGUAAGAUUGUUCAUCUGAUGAUGGCAUCAACAUUUGGUAUCUUUUACACUUCAACCAAAAAUUUUAUUAGGUAUUUUUUCAAUGCUGAGUCUUGCGUUUUUAUUUUCAAUUUCACUGCCAAUUUUGCAGUGGUUCUAAGUGAAUCUGUGGGCAUUUUAGCCUGUGGUCUUGCCAGAACUUUGCGAAUUACAAUGCAUAUAUGUCUAUUUAUUCAAUAUCCAUCAUAUAAUAUCUAUUUGGAGAAAGAAACUUUUCUUGUAGUGCCUCUUAACAAAGCACAAUUUUCCGCCUUUUUUGUGAAAUAAAAAAUAAAAAAAACAAAUUGUGUUUUAUCGCGGUAUCAACAAUGUGAAUAAGGAUUAACAUAUUGUAAAUGUUCUUUUUUCCAUGUAAAUCAACUUUAUCUUUGUUAUCACUAAGUGAUAAUUAAUUUUUAACUUAUGUGCAUUGUUAGGCUGUUAGAAUUUUUUGGUUGUUGAAAUAAAACGCAUUCAAUAAAUAUGA